ACAAGGACGAAGAGAGAGGUUUCUCUUGCAUGUCUCCCACCAGCUUGUAGGUGUCUGCCUAAGCCAGCGAGUGUUCUAUGUUUGGUUGGGAUUCGUCCUCUCAAAUAUAACACUGCCAGACUUGCUGGCUUGUGCAUAGUAUUACUUUCUCGACGAUGAAAACAAUGGCGGCAUGUCGCCUCGACGUGCCUCCUCCCCGAUGCUCACUCGGAGCUGAUCGCUGUCAACAUAUGACAAUUGAAGGCAUGGGCAGUGCUUCUGCGCCUAGCGUCAGGAAAAGCUGUGCGCCACCCUUGCGACGACCAUCAGGGGUUAAGGAUGUGCCAACGCCCAUACCCUCCACAGCAACAGAUGCAGUGGGGAGGUGCAGGAUGAGGACGAGGAGCAGGAGGGCGAACGGCGUUUGUGAUUCGUCAUUUUGUGUGUGUCCUUCAAAAGCAAUGGUUUCAUCACGGAAGAGAUUGUCUUCUGCUUCAUGCUUAGGUGAGUCUGCAUACGCAUCAGCAGCUCCAUUACCAUCCCACCGCCACUCAAGCUCUGGUUCAAGAACCUCUUUUCCCUCGCUAUUGUCUAUAGUCAUUAUGUCAUCAUUGCCGUCGUCUUCCUCGUGUGCAACCAGCACCACCUGUGCUCCCCCGUGCAGGCUUCGACCGCAGCAUCGCCAGAGGCAUUGGUUCUGUACACUCCGAGCGACAUCAGACGGAAGCAAUGCAGCAGGCCCCAUCGCUGCAAUGCUGGAUGGUCAGGCGCUUGACGACGACGACGGUGAAGGUAAGACACAGGAGAGGGAGGAACAAGGGAACAAUGAUCAACGUCGCAUGACUGCAGAGGAGGAGGAGGAUAAACGCGAUGUGGAGAGUAUCUUGCUUGUGGUUGAGAAAUUGAAGGCCAAACGAGACAUGACAAUGAAUGAGAUCCGCUUGACUAUUAUGAUCGAAGAUCCCAGGGUUGCUGCCGAAAGAGAAGAGAUGUGGGUCGAGUCUGACGUUCCCAGGGAAGAAGUGGCUGAUGCGUUGCUUGAUGUGUGCGAGGGCCGACCUGUUGAGCGGUCUGUUCUUCGUGCCCUCGCUAGGGAGAUGCGCGAAUGGCCAGACCUGGAGGACGAUGAAGCGGCAGGAGGAGGAGGAGAUGGGACAACUUCCGGUCAACAAAGGGGCGGUGUUUCACCGUAUGCAGCUAUAACAGACACUGGGAUUGAUCCUGCGGUGGCACAGCGAGUGGCAAGGCGGGAGUUUGAUGAAGCUGCGAAUGUGGGGGCCACAGAAGAGACCAAGGAACUUGGAGAUAUCCUUCCACCUUGGGUUGGAUACGGAUUCCUUUAUACGCUGAGUAGUGUGCCUAUCAUUAUUGUGGUUGUUGUAGUUGCUGUCUUAUUUGUGAACUCCUUACAGUAGUAAUUACAGGCACUGAGUAGCAAUUCGUCGCAGACAAGUGCGGUUCAUCUCAUGGUGCAAACUCU